AUGUCUAGAAUAUCUUCGCUUCCCUCCUAUGUAGGAUCACCUUCCUUCGCAUCUGAUGCAGGAUCUCAACACUCGAGUCAAAUUGACGAUGCACCUCAAUUUGAACCUAUCGGCCAUGGCAGUUCACCAGAGAAUGGUAUCCUGACCACUCGCAGUGGUAGAACUUUCAAAUUCCCCCCUGCCUUGGGUCUCCGAACCAUGGAAAACGAGAACAAAGUCCGAGUCUUGAAGACUCCGCGCGUGCGACGUCGUCCUAAGACAAAGGGCGAAAAACGACCACCCAUAGACCUUCCGGCACCCUUGAGCCAGCUAACCGAGCACCUACACCACAUUCCUAUCAAGGAUAUGGAAGCCUGGGUCAAUCGGUCAGCUGAUGUUCGUCGUCAGGAGGCACAGAAGAAGGGCAAAAUCGCACGGCCUAUGAACUCCUUUAUGAUGUAUCGAUCUGCUUAUGCGGACCGCGUAAAGGAGUGGUGCGUUCAGAACAACCACCAGGUCGUCUCACAGGUAUCUGGGACCAGCUGGCCCAAGGAACCAGCCGAGGUUCGGGAAAAGUAUGAGUUGCUGGCUUUGGUUGAAAGAGACAACCAUCAAAAAGCGCAUCCAGAGUACAAGUUUGCUCCGAACAAAACACAGACGCCGCCUCGUAAGAAGCGAUCCAACAAUGGCCACGUUAGUGAUGUCGACGACUCUCGAUAUCGGCUUGGCUCUACCGCAUCCCCAAAUCCUCACAAGCUGAUGAGGCUAAAGAGCGAAUUUGACAGUCGUGAAUCGACCCCAUACGAUCAGGACACUUUUUUCCCUGACCCCUAUCCGGGUCGAUGGCCGAUACCUAUCGGCCGACCUUUGCCAUCGCGCAUCAUGGCCUCUCACGAGCAACAGCAUCCUGGUGCAUACCACAUGACCAUACAUGGAUCAUUUCCAAACAUGAUCCGAUCUUCCGACGACGGGCACGCUACUGCACGGCCCACCGGUUAUGUUAUCAACAAUGGAUACGGUACGCCCAGUAGUCUGGCUAGUAUUCCAGGAAGCAUCAACCAGGAACUGUUGCGUCCAUACGGCAGCAACAGUAGCGCUGCCAGCACCUCCACUGCAAAUAGUGGCAGCAACAGCCACAGUGAUGGUUCUACUGUGACUCGCACGGAUAGCAGCCAACUAGACCCACAACUAUUGACUUCUCAGCAGGCUGGGCUUGACAUGCGUUCAUACAACCAAGUCAAUAUGUCUACAAUUUGGCCUCAUCAGGACCAGGAUCUGGGCACCUACAUGCCCAUGAAUGCUCCCAUGGGAAACAAUGGUAUUCCAUACGACGCAUUGAACACCAGCUAUACCAUGCAAUCUCUGGAAGAGGGACAGCAGGUAUGGGCGCCAUGUGCUGAAGAUGAAGGAAUCGGCGGUUCUGAGGUUGUUGGCAAAGACUUUGAUCAGUGGAUCCACCAUCAGAACCACCAACCAGGCUUUGGUGGGCCACAGUGA